AUGUCUUGGCCACCACCCUCGAAGUCUUUGUUUGUGUCCGGGCUUCCAGUUGAUGUCACAGACGUGCAGGCGAAGACGAUCUUCGGCCAGUAUGGCAAUGUUGAAGAGGUCAAGGUCCUCCCUGUCAGCGCUGGAAAGACCGCAGCGGCCGCUUUCGUGAACAUGGGCAGUGAGGAGGAGGCCACGUGGAUUGUGCAGAACGUGAGUGGCAACGUCCCACAGAACAUGAGCAAUCCCGUCACCGUCACCUACUCGCAACCCAAGUCCACAAAGGGAAAGGGCAAGGGUGCCAAAGGCAUGAUGGACCUCAUGCAGAUGAUGGUGGGCGCCUUGGGCAGCCAACAGGGAGGUAGUGGCUUGGGUGGCAAGGGCUGGGACGGCAGUGCCUGGGACACUACCUCCGGCUGGGGAAAAGGCGGCUGGCAGAGCGGUGGCUGGGACGGUGCUUGGGGUGCUUCCCCAGCUGUCAAGGGCAAGGGAGAUGCAGGACCCUAUGGUAGCUCUGGGCCGGCUUGGGAGUUCAAUGGCAGCGGCGGCAAGGGAAAGGGUGGUGGGGGAAGCCUUUGGACGGUCACCAAGGCUGGGAAAGGCUCGAACCCCGCCUUUGGAGGAAUGUUCUGUGGACAUGCUGGACUGGGGAUGGACGGCUGGUCGAUGCCGUGUUGCGAGCCCUUGUGGUGA